UGUAAAAGGUGUACUUUUUAAAGAGUGAAGUUGGAACACAAAAAUGAUAUACUAAUCUUUACCUCCUAAUCAAUAUUUCGUGAUGUUCAUUUUGAAGUCAUAGACACACUAGGGUUCUGAAAGAUCAUUAAGCAAUUGUGGGCUUUUAGGGGCCACGAAAAGGUUGACUAAAUGCUAGGCCCAAGCCCAUACAACAUUCACCGCGAUAACACACCCCGAAUCAGAAACUGACCCCCUGAAACUCCGACGCCGCUCCGCCGCCGUCAGAGUUCGAGCUUAGCACUGAAACUCCGGCGCUGCAGCACAAACACAGACGCUCUAGCUUAGCUUCAGCCGGCGCCGCCGGGAACCUGUCUAAGAAGAAGUAUAGUACAGUAUACAGUGCACCUAGUAGUGUCCUGAGUUUGAGGUUAUUUCAUCCAUCGAAUCGUAAAAUUAGGUUUCAGCGAUUCGACAAACUAGAUCAUCAGAACAUGGAUUCCCGCUGUUUCAUAUCCGAUUUCUGUUCGAAUUCCGUUUUCUCACCACCAGUUCCAAAAACCCUCAAUAAACCCUUCCUCGCUCUGCCUUGUUGCUGGUCCGCUCGAGCCCACCGCUGGCUCUACUUCGAAGACGCCCAAUUUUCAGCUUCUCCGAGGACAAGAAAGAGCCGGUUUUUACCAAAUCUGGAAUGCAUUAACAUUAGGGCGAGUCGGGAAUCAAUCAAGAAUUCUGCCGAAGAGAAGAAGAAGAAGAAGAAACCAGGGGUUGCGAAGAAAAAGUUAGCAGUUUUUGUAUCUGGUGGAGGGUCGAAUUUCAAAUCGAUUCAUGAAGCUUGUGUCGAGGGAUCCGUUCGUGGUGAAAUUGUUGCUUUGGUCACCAAUAAAACUGACUGUGGAGGUGCUGAGUAUGCCAGAAACAAAGACAUCCCAGUUCUUCAGUUCCCUAGAACAAAAGAUGGUGCUGAUGGAUUAUCCCCAACUAGCCUUGUGGAUGCUCUCAGGAACUUUGAAGUUGAGUUUGUGCUCUUGGCUGGGUUUCUAAAGCUUAUACCAGUGGAGUUGAUCAGGGCUUAUCCUCGUGCCAUACUAAAUAUUCAUCCAUCGCUUCUUCCGGCCUUUGGAGGAAAAGGGUAUUACGGGAUGAAGGUGCAUAAAGCCGUCAUUAGCUCUGGUGCAAGGUACUCAGGUCCGACGAUUCACUUUGUUGAUGAGCACUAUGACACUGGGCGUAUCCUUGCUCAAAUGGUCGUCCCAGUUCUUUCAACUGAUAGUCCGGAGGACCUAGCUGCCAGAGUUCUGAAAGAGGAACAUAAGCUAUACAAAGAAGUGGUCGCUGCACUAUGUGAAGAAAGGAUAGUGUGGAGGGAAGAUGGUGUUCCUCUCAUUCAAAGUAGACAGGACCCCAACCAUUUCUGCUAGCUGAGAGAACUGGGUCUUCCGUUCAUCUAGUUUAUCAAACCUGCGUUUUCCGUUUCAUUUUUGGGUGAAAAUGAACUUUCAUGUUUUGUACUUGUGUUAUUCAUCGAAAAUGUAGUUAAAAAUAGAUUACAAAGGCUCGUUCAGUGGUCACUGGUCAGGCUACGUCCACGGGUAAUAGACGCUUUUGGUCUAUCGGACAUAAGCUUGUGCCUCACCACGAUGAUUGGCGGACGAGAAAUCAAUAUAACUUGAAUAAAUAC